AUGCACGCUCAAUACCUCCACGACCGCAAUACUAUUCUUCGCGCGUGUCUAGGCCGCGAACUACAUGGCUUCAUAGUCGACGCCUACGCCAACCUAAUAUCUCGGGUGUGCGAGGUAGGGUCGCCGCGGACUGACGAGAAGGUCACGGACUUUCUCCUUACCCACCGCGGUUGGUUCUCAGGUUCCAGUCCGAAUCUAGGGUUAGACUCGGUUGGCUCAAGUCGCCUUCUCUGGUUGGUACAUUACCACCUAUCCGUUGCCCGGCCUCUAGCUCGUCUAUAUAGCAAGUGGGCAAUCGCGACUCUCAAAAAGGCAACGCCGUCAACUAAGCAGCGAGUGACGGCACAAGCACCAGAGAUACGCGUUUUCCGAGCUCUGUACCGUUAUGAGACCUAUUAUCAUCUCUUCUCAAACGAAGGCAAACGCUAUGGUGGAUUCCGCCAUCACAUCAUUAAUGACAUAUUCUUCUACAUUUUCAAUCCCCAUACUGCAGGGCCUAUGCGUUACGCCAAUUAUGAACAAGCCUCACCUAAUAACGCAGAUUUCCACAGAUUACAUGGACGGUACCAUUUCUCGCAGCCUGAAGAUGGUGGCUCGGCUGUUGGCAAUCGAAGACCACGAACAACUCGUCAUCGCGAUGGAGAUGACAGACGCACCAUAUUAACUGAUUUCUCCGACCCCAGAGACGAGGCUGAGCGGAUGAGAGAUCCGAUGUAUUUCACAGGUGACGAAGUCUCGGCCGAAGGGCCGCCCCUCACUUGGGUUGUUCUGUGGGGUGGAAAUUACGUGAACAUCCACGGAGGAUAUGUGCCCGAGCCACUAAAGCUUUGGGGCCAUGUCAUGUGGGACGAGUGUCGGUGGGUAGAUAUGGGAGCCAAGGAACUUGUUGCAAUGCAGUGGGAUUUGGUCCCAGAUCUAGUUCAAGAGAUCAAGGAUGACCGCAUGUGGAGCCCCGUAGGACGGUAA